AAAUAUUAUGCUGAAUCUGUCAAACGAAAUAACCUGUUGAGUACAGCAGUUACAUCUCUGACACGAGGCAGAAAUUGUCGCAAAUGUGAAUGGCAGUUGUAUAAAUUAAAUAAAGAGGUUUGCUGAAAAGAAAUAUUAAAUUGGUUUGUUUAUAAAUUUGUAUAAAAUAAUGAGACCUAUUCAAAGGAGGCAACAAGGUCUGCAAUAUGGCAUUUAUUUGCUGUGUUUGCAAGCUAUAAAUUUUGGUAUUGAUAAAAUUCCACCAGCUACUUUAACAUCAAUUAUUCUACAAGUUCUACUCUAUAUUGGUUUAAUAAAAGUUCCAUGGAAUGCAGAGGAAGUAUGCAUAUCCACAAUAAAAAUAUUUAAAUAUCGUGAUUGGAAAUCUUUUAUAAUAUCAAAUUUUGAACAUGGUUCAGAUAUGCACUUGUAUUAUAAUAUGGUAUCUCUAAUUUUAAAGGGUUCGUAUUUAGAACCCAUGUAUGGAACAAUGAAUUUUGUUAUUUUGUUGGCUGUUCUUUCAUUUGGGUGCAGUGCUAUGUAUACAUCUUUGGGUUAUGCCUUAAUGCAGUUAACUGGAGAUUAUGGAUAUUAUACCCAAUGUGCUAUUGGAUUCUCUGCUGUUUUGUUUGCAUUAAAAGUUAUUGUAGUUUGUGAGGAACAAGAUAGAAUUCAUGAUGUUGGGGGAUUACGUGUUCCUAGUAAAAUUGCUGUUUGGGUUGAAUUGAUAUUGAUCCAUCUUUUAGUCCCACAGUCUUCAUUUGUAGGACAUCUUGGAGGUAUUUUAGUUGGUUGUUUAUAUUGUUAUACUUUUGUUGGUGAAAUGAUUGAUAACUUAAUAUAUACUAUGAGUGGUACACCAAUUAUACAUGAAGAACAGUUUUAUAGAAGACGAAGUUUAAUUUCUAGAUAAAGUUUAGGAUAAAAACGUUGAAAAUAGGUACAACUUUAUUAUUGAGACUGUAAAUUCAAAUCGAUUUUAAAAAUAUUUAUUCCUAUAAAUUAAUGUUAUUUAAGGUAUCACUCAUUGGCCUGAAAUAUCAUUAAAGUAUCAUUUAUUACAG